AUGGCGAGCAACAAAUCAAUAACAUCUGUUCAAACACAUGUAACAAAAUUUUCCAAGGAUGUAGUUGGAAAUCAACGUAUUAACAUGCAAAGAACGCAAAAUGUCCUCCAUAUUUGGUUGGACAGCAACAUGGAUGAUGAUAAUGCUGAUUGUAGUAAUACAAUCAAGCAAUUAAAAUCUGUAGUUAACAAUAUAAAUACGUUUACGGAUGGUGACCAGUGUGUUGAAUUUAUUCAAACCAUUAUCAACAAUAAAGUAUGCAUGGUGGUCUCCGAGUCAUUUGGGAAACAUAUUGUGCCUCGUGUGCAUGACAUGUCCCAAAUAGACAGCAUUUUUAUUAUUUAUAACAGUCAAGACUGGGAUAAACAAUGGGCCAAAGAAUGGCCUAAAAUAAAAGGAAUCUUCACUGAAAUAACACCAAUCUGUGAAGCUCUUAAACAAGCUGCUCAUCAAUGUGAGCAAAAUGCUAUUUCGAUUAGUUUUUUGGCAUCAAACAAAAAAUUGGUUCAAUUAGAUCUAUCAUUUCUGUAUGCCCAGACCUUAAAAGAGAUCUUAUUAACCAUCGAUUUCGAAGAGAAGCACAUCAAAGAAUAUAUUCAUUACUGCCGUGAUGCAUUUGCCGAAAAUGAGUAUGCAUUAGAUAAUGUUACAAAACUGGAACGUGAUUAUCAUGACCAAACACCUAUUUCGUGGUAUACUUAUCAAUAUUUUUUAUAUUGCAUGCUCAAUCAAGCAUUACGGUUAAUGGAUGUUGAUACUAUUGUCAGAAUGGGUUUCUUUAUUACUGAUCUACAUCGUGAUAUUCAACGACUUCAUUCGGAGCAAUUUGAUGGUGAACAAUCUGAUAAAACAUUCACAGUUUAUCGUGGACAAGGUCUUUCGAAAGAAGAUUUCACCAAAAUGACAAAAACUGAAGGUGGACUUCUUUCAUUCAAUAAUUUCUUAUCAACUAGUAAAAAUCAUGAUGUUUCUCUUAAUUUCGCACAACAAGCUGCUACAAAUCCUAAUCUUGUUGGAAUUCUAUUUAAUAUGUCUAUUAAUCCUACGGAUUCAACAAGUGUAUUUGCUUCUAUUAAAAAUGUUAGUUAUUUUCAUACAGAAGAUGAGGUUCUCUUUUCUAUGCAUACCAUUUUUCGUAUUGGAGAUAUUCAACCAAUGGAUGAAAAUAAUCGUCUUUAUCAAGUGAAUCUAACAUUGACUAAUGAUAACGAUGAACACCUUCGUACUAUUACUGAUCGUAUACGAAAGGAGACCUUUCCAAAUUCGAAAGGAUGGUCCAGAUUGGGCGAAUUUCUAAUUAAAAUGGGUCAGUUUAACAAGGCUGAAGAAAUUUACGAAGUUUUAUUUGAUCAAACAACGGAUGAAAAUGACAAAGCACCUAUUUACAAUCAACUAGGUCGGAUCAAAGACAAGCAAGGAAAACAUCUAGAAGCACUUACGUAUUAUGAAAAAUCACUAGCUAUCUAUCAAAAAACACUUGCUUCCAAUCAUCCUGACAUGGCUCAUUCCUAUAACAACAUCGGUGAGGUGUAUUACAGCAUGGGUGAUUAUCCAAAAGCACUUUCAUCGCAUGAAAAAGCUCUUUCAAUUCGACAGCAAUCACUUGCUUCCAAUCAUUCUGAUUUAGGUAUGUCCUUUAACAACAUUGGUUUGGUGUAUUACAAUAUGGGUGAUCAUCCAAAAGCGCUUUCAUUUCAUGAAAAGGCGCUCGCAAUUCGACAACAAUCACUUGCUUCCAGUCAUCCUGACUUGGGUGCCUCCUACAACAACAUCGGUUUGGUAUAUUACAGCAUGGGUGAUUAUGCAAAAGCACUUUCAUCUCACGACAACGCUCUUACAGUUCGACAAAAAUCACUUCCUUCCAAUCAUCCUGAUUUGGGUAUGUCGUAUAACAACAUCGGUUUGGUGCAUUACAAUAUGGGUGACUAUUCAAAAGCGCUUUCAUCUCAUGAAAAGGCGCUCGCAAUUCGACAAAAAUCCCUUCCUUCUAAUCAUCCUGACUUAGGCAUGUCCUAUAACAACGUCGGUUUGGUGCAUUACAACAUGGGUGACUAUUCAAAAGCACUUUCAUCGCAUGAAACAGCUCUUGCAAUCCGCCUACAAUCACUUCCUUCCACUCAUCCUGAUUUGGGUACGUCGUAUAACAACAUCGGUUUGGUGUAUUAUACCAUGGGUGAUUAUCCAAAAGCGCUGGCAUCUCAUGAAAAGGCUCUUGAAAUGAAACAACAGUCACUUCCUUCUAUCCAUCCUAGUUUGGGUAAUUCCUAUAACAACAUUGGUUUGGUAUAUUACAGCAUGAGUGACUAUCCAAAAGCACUUUUAUCGCAUGAAAAAGCUCUUUCAAUUCGACAACAAUCCCUUCCUUCCGAUCAUUCUGAUUUAGGUAUGUCGUAUAACAACAUCGGUUUGGUGUAUUACAAUGUGGGUGAUCAUCCAAAAGCACUGGUAUCUCAUGAAAACGCUCUUACAAUUCGGCAAAAAUCACUUCCUUCCAACCAUCCUGAUUUGGGUAUGUCCUAUAACAACAUCGGUUUGGUAUAUUACAGCAUGGGUGACUAUCCAAAGGCACUUUCAUCGCAUGAAAAAGCUCUUGCAAUUCGACAACAAUCACUUGCUUCCAAUCAUCCUGACGUGGGUGCUUCCUACAACAACAUCGGUGUGCUGUAUGAGAAUAUGAGGAACUGUGCAAAAGCGCAUUCAUUUUAUGAACGUGCUGUACAAAUUGCACAACAAUCAUUACCAUCAAAUCAUCCAACUAUUCAACAAUGGAGAAGAAACUUGGAAAACAUAAAAGAGAAAUUAUAA